AUGGAGGGCCGUGACCUGCUGCUUCAACGGGGCCUGUGCGUGGUUUGUCAGCACCCUGCCGCGCGCGGCCAGCAGCUGGUGUGCCCCUGUGCCGGCCACGGGAGCUCGGGCUGCGACCGCCGCUUCCACCCGGAGUGCCUGGCGCUGCUGCCGCAGGCGGGGCUGCGGACGCAGUGCGUGCGGCCGCGCGCGCGGGCUCGGGCGCGCGGCGGGGGCGGCGAGGCGGGCGGCGGCGGCGCGGCCACAGCGUUCAGGAUGUGCCCGGCGCACUACUGGUGCGAGCGUUUGGAUGCGUUCUGGCAUGCGGCAGCUCCCUGCCCAUAG